CAUGUCCCAGACGCUCCCUGCUCCCGCCCCCCUUGGUUUGGGGGAGGGGCCCCUUGUGCCCAGGCUGCGUUGCCCCCCCCCUCCCGGGGCCCAGCCCCUCCCGCCAGGGGCUGCAGCCGAGAGACCUUCCAGGCGCCGCCGAGUCAAGGGCGGACGCCGCGAUCCGACCCUGGAGCGCCCCAUGGAGCCCCUCCAGCGGUGGGGUGAAGAGGUGGAAGACGGGGCCAUCUACAGCGUCACCCUGCAGCGGGUGCGGGCGGACCCUGCGACCAACGGGGGACUCUGCCCGCUGGCUGGAGUUGGCACCCCCUGCCCCUUCGUCCAGUACCGCACCUGCAAGCUGCGCCGGCUGCGUGCCGGGACCUUGCCCCAGCUGGUGAGAGGCCUGGUCUCCGCCCACGCAGAGGGCGACCCUGGCUACCUCCCCAGCUUCCUGGCCACCUACCGCACCUUCGCCACUCCCGGGCGCGUGCUGGAGCUGCUGCUGCUGCUGGGCCCCGACAGGGCUGUGCUGCAGGUACUGGAGCUCUGGCUGCGUGAUCACCCCGAGGAUUUCCGGGAGCCCCCCCAGCACCCCAGCCUGCGCCAGCUCCAUGGCUACCUGCGCCAGGCAGCCCCGGGCUCGGAGGGGUGUGCGCGGGCCGAAGGGCUACUGCAGGGCUUUCAGGAGGAGCCAGGAGAUGAACAGGUGGAGCCCGAGGGCUGUGAAUCCCCUGGGGCUGGUCCGCUGGCGCUGGGGGGCAAGGGGGGGCCAGAGGGCUGCGGGGAGCCCCCUGAUCUCCUGUCGUUCAGUGUGGAGGAGGUGGCCGAGCAGCUCACGCUAAUGGACAUAGAGCUGUUCGUGCGGGUGCGGCCCUUCCACUGUCUGGGCUGUGUGUGGUCGCAGCGGGACCGCAAGGUGGGCGAGGGGGCCGCGCCCAGUGUCCGCGCCACCGUGGCCCAGUUCAACGCUGUCACUGGCUGCGUCGUCGCCUCGGUGCUGGGUGACGUGCAGCUCCGUGCGCCGCAGAGAGCCCGGCUGCUGGAGAAGUGGGUCACCAUCGCCCAGCACUGCUACUUUCUGCGUAACUUCUCCUCCCUGCGAGCCGUGAUCUCCGCCCUGCAGUCCAGCCCCGUGUACCGGCUCAAGAGGACCUGGGCUGCCAUCAGCCGGGACACCAUGGGCAUCUUCCGGAAGCUUUCACAGAUCUUCUCCGAUGACAAGAACCAUCUGAGCUGCCGGGAAAUCCUGCUGCAGGGAGACGCUGCCCAGGGUACCCCCGACAGAGCCCGCAAAGCAACUCAGCAAGUGAAUCCCCCAGAGAAGCCAGCGGCGCCCCCCCCAGCCACGGUCCCGUACCUCGGCACCUUCUUGACAGAUCUGGUGAUGCUGGACACGGCGCUGCCGGAUUUCCUGGAGGGUGGGCUCAUCAACUUUGAAAAGAGGAGGAAGGAGGCAGAGAUCCUGCUGCGGAUCCGGCAGCUGCAGGCGUCAUGUGGGGGCUACGCCCUGCGCCCCAACCCCCCCGUGCUGGCCGCCUUUCAGCGCCACGCCCGGCUCUCCGAGGAGCGGAGCUACCGGCUCUCCCGGCUCGUCGAGCCCCCUGCUGACUCCUGCCCCAGCUCACCCCACGUGACACGCAGCCUCAGCAAACGCUUCAGCUCGCUCCUGCUGGGGUCCGAGGCCCUGCCCCUCCAGCUGCCCUCUGCAAAGGGCAGCAUCUCGCCCUCGGGCACCGGCAGCAGCUGCGAAGCUGAUGAGGGGCCCAGUGCCCCCUGCUCCCCAGAGAUGGGGGGGCCCCUCUGCAAGAGCCUGCUGGAGCUGCCAUUGAGCACCUGCCCCCCCGGGGAGCCGCCCUCCCCCCUCGCCCGCCGCCCCUGCUCGCCCCUCUACAACCAGCAGGGGGCGGACUCGUGCGUCGUGCGGGUCAGCAUGGACAACGCUCACGGCAACCUCUACAAGAGCAUCCUGCUGACCAGCCAGGAUAAGACCCCAGCCGUGGUGCUGCGCGCCCUUCAGAAACACAGCCUGGAAGGGACCCCGCCCGGAGACUUCCAGCUCCUGCAGCUGCUGGGGGGCGGCCGAGAGCUGCUGAUCCCCGACGGGGCCAACGCCUUCUACGCCAUGAAUCCAGCCGCCGACUUCAACUUCGUUCUGCGCCGGAAGGGCCCCCCCAGCUCCUGCCUGCCCCCACCCAGCCCUGCCCACAGAGCCCCCACUCCCCUCCCCCGCAGCCCCGCCCUAACCACAGAGCCCCCACUCCUCUCCCCCCUAGAGCCCCUUUUACCCCCUGCACCCCGCAGCCCGGCCACCCCCCCCACGCUCCCUCCUGUCCUUGCUCCCCGCCCUCAGCCACCCCCAUCCUAGCGCCUCCCCCCCGGCAGCCUCCCCCCUGAUCUCCACCCCCAGAGCCCCCUGCUUCAUUCCGCAGCUCCCCCCCCCCCGCACUGGCUGCAAAUCCAGCUCCUCCCUGCGCCUCCUGUUGGCCCCUCCCAGGCUGCUGUGCACAGGGCCCCCAUUGUCUUGACCCAUAGGGGUCACCAAGAAUCUGGGGAUCUAUAUUACCCCCCCCCCCCGCCCCACCAUGCAAGCAGGGAAAGGGUGACAGGGAAACAGAACCCUCAGCUGGGCUCUCCCAACUCCCCCCCCCCACCCGGUCAGUCCCUGGGUAUGGGCACCCCCCAGCCUGCCCCCCGUCCCGCCCAGCAGCCAGGAGCACCGAGCAUGUGGGGCACCGGAGACGCUAGGCUCGGCUGUGCUGAGGGCUGGGCUUCCCCCGGUUGCCCUGCUCCUGGGAAGAGGGGUUUGGGGGGCAGACGAUCCACGGGGACCUGGAUGGGGCCAGCACUCCUGGGAGAGGUCCCCGCUAAGAGGUGGGUUCUGUGCUGGGGGUUCCCCCCUCUCGCUGCUCCCCAGCAAUCAGCCGAGGGGGGGGGCUCUGAAUCCUGGAUGUUCCGGCCCCCGCGGGCCCUUCUUCCAAUAAACCCCCCCUAAGUAGA